AUAAACAUUAUCAUAAUCGAUGAUGCUAACUAUAUAAUCUCAAUUAAAAAUAAUUACUUGGAUAUUAUUAACAAAAUCCAUUUUAAUAUAAUGGAGUUUAGAUAUCACAAAUAUUUUUGCAUCCUUCUUCCUUCCAAUAGUAUAAAUUUGAUGGACAAGGUGGGCAAAUGUUGUUUAUUGGUGAGUCAUAAUAGCAACUGGUACAUUCAUUCUAAUUUGGACCUGUACAUUAGUCACAUGAUGGAUAACAGAUGAUUUACAAGUUUGAGAUAAAAAUAUUUCUUAGUGAAACCAAUCCUGUAUUAAUAUUAGAGGAUGUAAAUGUUAUUUAAGCAGAACCUGAGGAGACAAUUGUAAAAUUGACGGUUCUAACUUAAAAAGGAAGGUUAUCACAAAACCCAGUUAUAAUUUGAUAAU